UGUUAUACACCGGGCUGGGAGGAAUAUUACUACCUCCGUCCAUAGCGCGAGCAACAUGCUGUCUUGUGGGAACGAAAGAGGACUGAAGUGUGACCUUCCGUUUUGGCGGGCCGUGGCGAGCUUGGUGGGGAUCCUGCUGUCGGCCGUUCGCGUGACGUCGCAGCCUGCGGAGGUCUGCGCCUUCUCGAGCAGCUGCAACUGCUCCAGCGACGGCACGAGAGUGGAAUGCCGGGCGGCUUCCUGGCCCGCUGUCCAGCCGGCCGACGCCAGCAGCGUGCUGUCGCUGUCCGUGGCGGGGCUGCAGCAGCGCAGUCUCCUGCCGGCAGACUUCGGAAACUUGUCUGCUCUGGAGUUCCUCUCCGUCACUGACGGGCUCCUUCUCGAGGUCUCUCGAGACGUCUUUUCUGGUCUGUUACAAUUGGAAACUCUUGUUCUAUCAAGAAACCAGCUGAAAAUAUUUCCUACAGAUGUCUUCGUGGACAACGCACGUCUCAAGAACCUAGUCCUGUCUGGGAAUCCGAUCACACUUCCAGUAUCUGGGACGUUCCUUCGAAGCGAGUCUCUGCAGUACUUGGACAUCUCCAGCUGCAGCCUGUCAAAGCUUCAGCCAGAAGUCUUCUCAGGUUUUCCCCAACUCCAGGAGCUGCACCUCGGAAACAACAACCUUGUCGCGUAUCCAGGCGAUGCCUUAAGGCCACUCUCUAACCUGCAUACCGUUUACCACGACUUAUUCAUCGCAGGCGACAGCUCACGUUCUUACACGCGACAUUUUAUCUAUAUUAGCUGCAUGGCUGCCACUAUUGUCAUCUUGUUGUUCGUCUCAUACAAAGCUGUCGCACUGUUGAUUAUGAACUCCUGGUGCAGGACAUGCAUGCCCCGGUUUGAUGAUGUGUACUUUCAGCUGGGCAGCGGUAAACCGCUGACCCUAUCCAACAGACUGGAUGAAGUGAGGCAGCCACCUUUGCUUAACAUUAACCGCACACAGCAGCGGAGACUUCCUGCACCCCCUUCUGGAUCCUGGACUCCUACAGACAGCCCACAGUUCCACUCCCUAUUAUCAAACCAACCUCUGUAUGAGACCAUAUCUCCUCCUUAGCAGAGAGCUCCCACUGUCAGAGGAUUAACAUUGUGAAAAAUAUAUAUCAGAUUAAUACCUUACACCACUUAGUUUGUAAUUAAAAGUAUAAGUAUUGCUAAAUAUACGAAGUAUUUGAAUUAUAGCAUUUACUUACUUUCUUAAGAAACACUGAAGAGGUUUUAAAAUAGCAUUAUAAGUAAGAUCAAUUUUAUACAGAGGGUUCAAGACUGUUUUUACACAGAAUGAAAAGAAAUUUAAAAUUUAAUCUUUCAACAAAUGAAUCAUUAACUGAAUUGCAAGAUGUAAUUAAAGUUAAAAGAACUUGUAUUAAUGUGAAUAAUAAAGAUCGAAGCUGUCUUCUUUA